AAGCGCGUCGAUCCGGUGCCCAUGAUUUUCUUUCGCCGACAGACUCGAUCGUGAAAACUCGUACAAGAUGGGCAAGGCCACCGGAGUGUUCGUCUUUUGCGUCGCUGCAGUAGCCAUGAUUGCGAUCAGCGAAGUACCAAUCGCCACAGAAGCGUUCUUAGAGCCAUUCGCUAGCCACUUGAUAGCGAAAAAAAUGAUACUCAAACACGGACUCGCCGCACCUCCUGCUGCAGCAACCGGCCAAACGCAGUACAUUUAUUACGGUGGGCAAUACCAACACCAGCCACAGCCGCGGCCGUCACCCCCGCAGCUCAGUGUCAGCUAUCUAGCGUAUGGCCCUCAAACUACCAGCUACCCUGCGUACGGUCCUCAGACGUCCAGUUACCCGUCUUACGGACCUCAAACAUCCAGUAGUUAUCCAUCCUACGGUCAACAAACUAACGGAUAUUCGGCGUACGGCCAAGCCAGUUACAGUGGAUACAACGAACAGGUUGCACCCGUCGUCAAACCGGCAUCGCCACCGUCCGGAUGUCCACCGGCUAGCCAGCCGAGCACACAGGUCGACUACUCCAACUACGCCGUACACGGUGGACACGGUUUCGGCAGCUACGGCAACAACGGGGGUUACGGAAAAUGAUAUAGGCAGACAGACCACAAUAAUAAUAAUAGUAUAAUAGUAAUAAAAAUACCACCAAUGUAUUAUUGACUAUGUAAGUUUAAAGAAUUAAAAAUUAAUUUAAUAGUAAAAAAAUGACAAUGUACAAA